ACCGACAGAAAAUAAAAUUUGAAAAGAAAAGCGAAAGGAAGCCCAGAGGGGCGAGGUCUUCAUAGACGGAACGGGAGAAACAAGAAUUAAGGAGGAAGGUUCAAAAUGAGCGACGCCGUCGUAAGUGAGCAAGAGAAAAUCCUGCAGGAAUUCCAUGCAGAAAGAGUUUUCCUUUCAGGAAACAAGGAAUGGCUUGCAGGGAAGAAUUUCUUUGUGGUGAAAAGCACGGUGGAGAGAAUUGUGAAGUGGGCUUAUGAAUCCAGCACUGGCUUGUACCGCUUUGACCCCAUUCCCGUGGGCAGCUACAACGAAGGGCUGCACCUGCAAGUGGAAAACGCGUCCAAUGACUUUGACUUCCUCAUCCCAAUACGGUAUAACUCCAAGUUGGCGCUCCGGAGCAGAACCGUCCCCAUUAAUUCCUCCAGCCGUCCCACCCACCAGCUCCCCACCUACAUUUUUCGCUACAAAGGAAUCUGUAACCGUCCUGACAAAGGGCUGCCGGUUUUUUGCCAGGGCACCAAAAUGUUGGUGGAUAUUGAGGAUGUGGCAGAGACAGAUGUGCAAAUCUAUUGUGAUAAGCCAAAAUCAGCAUUGGCGGAAGAGGAGGAAGAGGAGGAUGAUCCUGAGUAUUGUAAAUUAGAAAUGUGCCAGGAGAGUCUCGGCCACCAUAAUCUGGAUCCAGAGCAAAUCCUGAAGGACUUUCAUCAAUACGUAGGAAUUGCCUUAAAUCCAGAGUACACCCAUCCUCGACAAAACGAUCCCGUUUUCCAACUUCGGUUGUUCCCUUCCCGAGUACCCACAAUACAUAAUAGCAUAAGAGGGAACAUCAGAUUAGAGACCUUGGAUUUAAGUGGUCCAGCCAUCCAGUUGGUUUUCAACGAAGGGAAUGAAACUAUCCCGGUGAAGCUGGUGCCAGCCGUUCGGGGAGCAAUAGAAUUCUCCAACGAAUGGAUGAGGGAGGAUCUCACUCACCUUUCUGACUGGUGGGAUGGUGACCUCACCAAUGAAAAGAAGAGCUUCCUCCAGAAGGUCCAAGCCCUUAAGGAAACGGGGCUAGAGCUCGUCCCAAAGGGAGGAUUCUGGAGGCUGUCUUUCAGGUGUGCUGAGAUGAUGAUCCUUAAGGAAGUCGACGCUGAUGGAGGACAGAGACGGGCAGCUUUACGACUGCUCAAGUUUGUUAACCAGACUAGAUGGACCCCGGAGUAUGGCAAAAUCCUGACUUCCUACCAUCUUAAGACCAUUUUGCUGUGGAGCUGUGAGAUCUAUCCCCGCAGGGAGGCCUGGGAGACGCUGCUCUCUUCUCUCAAGAACCUCCUGGGGCUGCUGAAACACACCCUGGCCGAGAAACGCCUCCCUCAUUACUUCCUGAAGCCCCUCAAUCUCUUCAACAAGCGUUACAAAACCAGCAACGACAUCUACUGGCCCUUGUCUUUGGAGACCCUCGGCCAUGAGGUUUCAGCCAUGCUGGCAGAUGCCACCGCCUAUCUUGUCCUGGGCCACAAAUCCCCAGGCUGCUCGGCCAACCAAGGCUAUGAAGAGAAAACUGCAGCUCUCCGGGAGUUUAAAGAAAGCCACCGGGAAGAACUGGAAGAACUGAAGAGAAUGGAAGAUGAACAUAUGUACGAGGAAGUAGAAACUACUGAAGAAUAAACCCUGCUGGGCUUUCUUCAGGAACAAACUGCUUUUGGCUGCCAUAAAAUCUAGCUUUGUUCCCAAGCCUGUGAUUUUCUGGUGGUUUGCAGGGAAUAUUUGAUUUAGUUUGUGUCAUUUUUAGUCCAGGCUGUCAAUGUGAUUUUAACUUUGAAUCUCUUUUUAUGGUUUUAUUUUUUGGGGGGGGGGGGGAGAGGAGGGGUUUGUAUGCUGCCCAACGUCCAGCAGAAUUGGUCAGCUCUAAUGAUUUGAAAUAAUAAAUAACUUUUCCUUCAUCUCAAGAAAUUGUUUUCUACCCUAAAGUAAUUCCAACCUUUAUGACGACGGAAGAGGCCGAAACUGUCUAGGCAAAUUUCUGCAGGAGGCUCAAAGGCUACAAAUCUAAGAGGUUAUAUCCUGAACAGCUCUUUAUAUCUUGGCUGCUCUGUUCCCAUCAUCCACUGCUAAUUCUGGAUUCUAGCCAAAUGGUAAGGUAGAAAGAGCUGAGUAAAGUCACAUUUGCCCCCCCCCAUAGUAUCCAACUGGUAGCCAAAUGUGUAAUGGCAAAAUGGCCAAUUUUAAAAAAUAAGAGUUGUGGAAUUUCCAAACAUACCUUCCA